GAGAAGGAGAAGGAAGCCUGCUCUUACCUCAGCAGAGAGGAAAUCCAAGAGAAAGUUCACAAAUACAACUCGGCUGUCACCGACAAGCUGAAGAUGACCUUGAACUCCAAUGGCGUCUACACCGGCUUCAUCAAGGUGCAGCUAGAGCUGUGCAGGGCGGCCUUGGGCCCCGGGACGCCCGCCCCCGGCGGCAGCUGUGUGAACACCCUGCACAUCAGCAGCUCCAACACCGUGGCUGAGGUCAUCGAGGCACUGCUCAGGAAGUUCCUGGUGACCGAGAGCCCCGCCAAGUUCGCACUUUACAAGCGCUGUCACCGGGAAGACCAAGUCUAUGCCUGCAAGCUCUCCGACCGGGAACACCCGCUCUUCCUGCGCCUGGUGGCCGGGCCCCGGACAGACUCGCUGAGCUUUGUCCUCCGUGAGCAUGAAAUCGGAGAGUGGGAAGCCUUCAGCCUCCCCGAGCUGCAGAACUUCCUGCGCAUCCUGGACAAGGAGGAGGACGAGCAGCUGAGGAACCUGCAGCGGCGCUACGCGGCCUACCGGCAGGGGCUGGAACAGGCCCUGGGCCGCGCGUGGAAGCCGGGCUAG